AUGCCUCCAGAUUACCACAAUGAAGAGCGUAAUCGGUUCAGCAAUGGGCGGGAUGGAAAUUGCUAUGAGUACAGACAGCUAGAAAGACAGCUCAACGGGAAUCUUCAUGCAGAAGAAGCUCCCCGCACUCGCCGAAUCUCAGCGCGAACAGCUCCUGAACAUUAUCAGCCACGAAGACACCACCCUAGGUUUGUCCGAGAACAUGAAAGAGGAGGUGAGGCAGGCAGAAAACAUGGAAGUGCAGGCUGGGCUGCCAGUCGCUUGCAGUCAACAGAGGGCUUCAAAAGGGCGUCUGGAGGGCGUUACUGUGACUCAGAAAGAGAACCAUGGGAUGCUGAGCCAUCACAGGCCAGAUGGAAAGCAAGGCAAAGUGUAGAGGUGUGGCAAAUCAGAAACCCUUCAAUGCCAUCUUCAGUUGUCUGGCAAAGGGGCACAGGAAAGAGAGGAAGAGAACCAGGGGGACGACCUACUUAUUCACAAGGUCCGUGGGAUGGCAUGGAGGCGACCAGGAGUGACCAUGAUUCAGGAGAUGGUGGCUACACCCAGUACUACCCAAGCACAUGGAAUGGCCAAGGAAGCUCAAUGGACAGGCGGCACAAGGCAACCAUCGCGCACAUGGAUGGGGCAACCUCACAUGGCUGCACAGAGGCAGAUCCACGUUCAUCUUGGAAAGGUGGACGCAGGGGAAUAGGACACCAUGGCAAUAUUCACCAGUUUGGAGCACCAAUGGGUGCUCGCAAACAGGAUUGGUCUGGCAAUCUGAUGAUUGAUGGCAAUCAUUUGAGCAGCUUCAUUAGACAAGGAGCAGGUGGACUGCAGCAAAGCAAAGACCACCUUGGAGCUUGCUUUCGACCAGAAGAACACCAUUCAGGCUCAGCUCGGCAGCAUGCUGCUGGUUCAUUCGGCCCUGUUAAUGUGUCCCCCAUCCCUGAGAAGCAAAUGCCGGAAGGUGCACUGUUGACAGCACCAGAUAGAGAAAAGAAAAGAAAGCUGGCCGAGCAGGGCGAGUUUAAGGUUCGGGAGGGAGCACAAGGGGCGGGAUUGUCAGGAGGUGUGAUUGCUGACAAAACUGGGCUUUUGCACCAGGGUGGUGCACUGAGUGUCAUGCUGGAUGGUGGUGGCUUUGGCCGUGAGGGUCCUGUCACAACUUCGGUGUGGGGCGCUGGCUAUGUACAACAUCGAAUUCCAGGACCACUGACAGGUAACCGUGUGGAGUCCUUAGCCAGGACUGUGCUACAAAGAGCAGACUGUCCUAGUUCCAUGCAGCAGGCACACGCUGCUCUUCCAGGCAUACUGUCAGUUCCCACAGCAAAUGCAGCAGGUGAUGCAAAAGCCCCAGACACUGGGUUUUCCCUCUCCCUCCAUGUUCGUGGAUUUGGAAGCCCUCAAAAGGAUGAGGUUGCCAAGGAGGUGGUUUUGCCUGAGUCGCCGGUAACACCCCCAGCAGAGGCCAGCAGUUCUCCAGAGAAAAGAUUGCCGUUCUACGUUGAGCAUGAUGUACCAACUGCAAAUAUCCCAGGUCCGGAUGCCAGCAGCCUGCGGUUGCUCACCCUGAAGGACAGCCAUUUGAAUCAGGCACUUGUGGAGGAUGCUGUGGGCAGCAUUGUGGGCCAAUCUGAUAGGCAGUCCUCUGUGGCAUACACCCCUCAGGAACCUUCAGCUGUAAGUGAGGCGGAGGGCUUUAAACCUUUGGCUGGAGGCAACUGCUUGCUGGCUGAUGUUGCCAAGGAGAGGCCACACCCAGAACCUCAGUGCAAGAGCAUUGGUGUGGACAGCUUUCAGGAGUCUUUGAAAUCGAUUUCUUUAGAAGAUCGACCUGCAGGAUGGGUAGAAGAUGAAUUGCCUUCCAGUGAGAGUGCUCAUGCACAGAGCAACUGCCCCCAUCUCCCACCACAUUUGAUGGCAAAAGUUUCCCAUUCUGGAGGAGGUGCAACUGAACCUGAUCUGCACAGCAGAUCGGGUAGCCAGGAGCACUGUGAGACACAGACGCAUCACAGGGAAGCUCAGAAAAUUGAGGCACAGGGCAGCCGUAGGCGUUGUAGGGAUACCCUUGAGCCGUCCUCCACUGAUGCAGCCCAUAGGUUGAAGAAUCCCCAAAGCAGUAGUGUGCAUAUUCGAUCUAGGUCACCACCAUUUUGCAGGGAGAACUCUCCUGUUUGCAGACACCCUGGUGUCCAUGGGAGCCAUGAUGCCAGAGGAGCUGAGGUGUGCCCAGGUUUCUCCCAUGCACACUGUGAGGUCAAGGUUCUGCCAUAUGAAAGGAGCCACAGUCGGAGGGGCUGGCAGCCUCAGGGUGAAAGGAUGAGGAUUGUGCCAAAAGCGUCAGACCCAGCACAGCAGAUGCAGGUGGCGCGAUUCUCUAUACCAAAGCAACGAAGUAGGCCUGCAGAUGAAUGCUGCCAUGAAGCACCCGCAGAUCGUUUGGAAGUAUGGAGGGGUGAUGCACUUGGCAAUCAGGUGCGUCGAAAGGGCAUCUCUAGGUCAUGUGAAGGUCGUGAGUUCAGGCAUCUGCAGGGCAGUAGAGGGCAGCGUUUGUCAUUGUCGCCUCCACUGUCUACGGCAGCGUCUCCUGCCUGUGAAAAUGGUGUCCCCCUGUGUCGCCAACGUGAUGCAUUGACUGUUCAUGAGCAUUGGCAUGGACAAGAGUGUUGGUCAGGUGCGUAUGGGCCCAUACAGGGUUGUAGCACAUGGCAGCCCAGGUACACAAAACAUCCAUGGGCAGCACAGGUAUCUGCGCCAAGGCAACAGGGUAGGCCAUCAGGUGGUAGACGGUCAGGGAACCCAAAAUUUGAGGCAAAAUUCUGGAGAUUUGUUCCAUAUAGUAGCCAUGGACGUCACCAGGAAGUAUCCAGCUCCUCUUCCGAUGAGGGCUAUAGGUUCAAGAAUCCUUGCGAGAGCGGGGACCAGUUUCAAUCCAGGGCACACUCAUUGCCUCAGCAGACGUCCCCUGCUGCCCAGAAUGCUCAGGAAGGUGUGAAUCACAGUGACAAACAAGGUGGCCAGAGGAAGAGCUGCUAUCAGUUGGAUGAUCAGGAUAUGUCAGGAUAUAUAUCCGGUAAAAGGGGCAAUCUUCCAGAGAUAUUUGGUGAGCCAGAAUGCAGAAGGACCAGGAUUCCAAUACAUUCAGCUUCACAGGUGCAGGAGCCAGGACUGAUGCAAUCCUCUGUGCUGCAUUCAAGUGGUAGAGCUGCAGAUCGGGGACAGCGAGCAGCUCCAAAGGAACUUCUGGAAAUUUGGAAACAUCAGCCACAGCGCUGCCAGAGCUGUCCCCAGGACAUGCUGGAUUCAUCUGAUGAUGAUGGAGUCUACAGGUUCAAGAAACCACAGAGCAUCAGAAGCCUGUCUCGAUCAAAGUCACCAAGAAUGUCUCCAGAGGCAUCCCCUGCUUGCAAGAAUGUUGAGCAGUGUGGUAGUCAUGACGAUGGACAACACGAGCAGGUGUCAGGUCAUUUUCAGGAGGCACAUCAGGGUGCUUAUCAACUGGCAUCGGGGGACCAGGAUCAUGCACUUAAACAGGUCAUGGAUCCAGAAAGCAGGGAGAACAGAAUCCCAUCAAGGUUGGCCAUGGCAGCACUGCAGUUGCAGGUGUCAAGACCAGCACAACUUGCUGCAUCACGCUUGAGCUGUAAAAUGGCAGAUCGAAAAAUGCACACAACAGCAAACUGCCAGUUGGCAAGAUGGAGUGUUGAGCUUGACGGAAUCCAGGACCCUCUGCAGGACGUAUCUCAUUCAUCUGACAAUGAUGAGGGCUACAGGUUUAAGCAGCUACACAGAGAUGCAUGCCGCUCUCGCUCUUGCUCUGGGUCUCCAACUUUGCGUCAGGGGACAUCCUCUAGUCUCAGGAUUGCUGAGCAGUGUGGCAGUCAUGAUGAGAGGCAUAGUGAAAAAUAUGCAGAUGCCUUCAAGGCAGACCAUCUGGAUGCUUGUGAACUGCUGGCUGGUGAUGGGGACCUUGUGUUUCAACAAACCAAGAAGCAGGAAGCCACAAGAAACAGACAGUCAUCAUGGUCACCAGGGGCGACAACACAGUUGCAGGUGUCAAGUCUUGCACAAUGUUCUGCAUCAUUUUUGAGAGUUGGACAUGCUGAGCAAAGGUGGCAGGCACCACAAAAUCACCAGUUGGCAAGGAGCACUUAUCAGCAACACAAUUCACAGGGCACUUCCAAUUUGUCUGACGGUGAUGAAUGCUGCAGAUUCAAGAAACUGCAGAACAUCGGGAGCCGCUCUCGAUCUAAGUCACCACCAAUGCCUCAGGAGGCAUCCCUUGCUAACAGUAUGGCUGUGAACUGCAGUUGUGAAGAUGACAGACAAGGCGAACAGCGGCCAGAGCACCCUGAAGGGGAGCAGCAGAAUGCUCAUGAACGUGCAUUUGGCAAUAGUGGUGAUCAGCAUUGUAGUAUUGGGGAGCUGAAAGGCAGAAGAAGCAGCAUCCCAAAACAGUCGCCAGCAGGCCAGGUACAGGUGUCAAGACCAGCACAAUCUUCUGGAACAAGCUCAAUUGGCAGACCAUUGGUCCAAGAGCGGCAGGCAGCUCCGAAGGAGCAGUUGACAAUAGAAAAAAAUGGGCCGCAGAGUGGACAGGACUGCCUUGAGGCCAUGUCUGAUUCAUCUAACGAUGCAGGGGGAUACAGCUUUAGGAAACCACAGAGCAUUGGUUGCAGCUCUCGCUCUGGGUUUCCUGAAACGGCCAAGGAUGUUUCUGUGGCCGAUGGGAUUGUUAGAUGUUCUAAGGAUGACAAUAGUGAACGACUGUGCCUGUCGUUCGCUCAGCAACAGCCUUCUGCUGAAACUGUGGAAGGUCAACCUCCUUCCAAUGGCAGGAGAACAGAUCGUUGGAGAAGUUACUUUUCUGAACUCCGGGCAGGAAAAAGGGUGAAGCCACAAAUGAGGAAGGAAACUUAA